GCGCGCAACAUCCCACCAGAGAUUGCGUGCGCGCACACACACACGCACGCGAACCACUGUGAGUCUGCGAACUGCAUGUGGAGGAGCUGCGUAUUUCCUCCAUAAUGUUGGGCGCUGUGAAAAUGGAAGGACACGAAACUCCAGACUGGAGCAGCUAUUAUAAUGAUGCACAAGAGGUCUAUUCUCCUAUGACGAACAGCAGUAUGAACGCUGGGCUGAGUUCCAUGAAUAAUAUGAACACUUACAUGGGCAUGUCCACCAGUGGGAAUAUGACUUCCAGUUCUUUCAAUAUGUCCUAUGCGAACCCCGCGCUCGGUGCCGGCCUGAGCCCGGGCACUAUGGACGGGAUGCCCCCGGGUCCCACCGUUGCCAUGAACGGGAUGAGCGGCGGGGUAUCGAGCAUGUGCACCGCGCUCAGCCCGUCCAACCUGAACGCCAUGACGGCUCAACACAGCUCCAUGAACGCCCUGAACCCGUACUCGAGCAUGAGCCCCACCAUGAGCUCCAUGACAUAUGCGCAGCCCAACCUCAACAGGGCCAGAGACAACAAGACUUUUAGGAGAAGUUACCCCCAUGCAAAGCCGCCCUAUUCCUACAUCUCUCUCAUCGCAAUGGCUAUCCAGCAAGCACCGAGCAAAAUGCUUACUUUAAGUGAGAUUUACCAGUGGAUAAUGGACCUGUUUCCCUACUACCGUCAGAACCAACAAAGGUGGCAAAACUCCAUCAGGCAUUCCCUGUCUUUCAACGACUGUUUCGUCAAGGUGUCCAGGUCACCCGACAAACCGGGAAAAGGCUCCUACUGGGCAUUGCACCCUGACUCUGGGAAUAUGUUUGAGAACGGCUGUUACCUGCGCCGACAGAAGCGCUUUAAAUGCGACAGAAAGUUGAUGGCGGGCAAGGGGUCAGACGGAAAAAGGGACCAGUCCAGUCGCUCGGGUUCGCCAUCGAGCGACAGUACCAGCACCAAACCCGUGCAUAUGGACUCAAGCUCUAUAACCUCUUCGAACCAGUCUUCUAGUCCACACAGGUUGGACCACAGAAGCGGUGCCACCAACUCCGAACUGAAGAGCACCGGCGCCCAGAUCCACCCCGUGUCCAGUUCGGCCACAUCUCUGUCCUCUUUGCCUUUACCCCUGCACUCAAUUGCCCACGAGACCCAGCUGCACCUCAAGGGAGACCCCCAUUACUCCUUUAACCACCCGUUUUCCAUCAAUAAUUUAAUGUCCUCCUCAGAGCAACAGCAUAAACUGGAAUUGAAAGCUUACGAACAAGCGUUGCAAUAUUCCUCCUAUGGCUCAGGGAUGUCUUCCAGUUUACCCAUGGCCGGCAGAGCCAGCAUGGACCCUUCGGCUUUAGAGGCCUCUUAUUACCAAGGUGUGUAUUCCAGGCCGGUUCUUAAUACGUCUUAGUCCAUGUUUUCAUUUCCGCUGAAGUUGCCGACGAAACAACAACAACAACAACAACAACAACAACAACUUUAUUUUGUGCAUGCACCCUGUGCAUAAAGAACUGUUACUUUAAAGUAUAAAUGUGUAUGUGUAUAAUACAAUAUUGUAAAGUGUUCCCAUUGAAUGAUUGUAUAUCCCAGUUAUAAAUCAUUGCUAGUGUAUUUAAAAUAAUUUCGAGCUUGUAAAAUACUUGUUGUAAUCCCCCAAACUUGUAGAUCCCCGCCAUAUAGUCUGUGUUACAACGUGCACGAAUGAAGGUCAGCUUUGGUCUUGUAGAGAAACGCUUGUUGCUGGUGAAAAAGCGAUUCCCCUGUCUGUUGCAGAUGUAUCUGAAUGUUGUCAUUUUACUCAUUAUUUUGGGGGUUUAUUUACCUCGUUUUGAAUAUAUAUAUAUAUAUAUAUAUAUAUAUAUAUAUAUAUAUAUAUAUAUAUAUAUAUAUAUACAAUUUUAAAUCCCAAUCUUGUAUUGAAAU